UGGUAGAGUUUCGCAGUACAUUUUCCACUUGCCAUCGUGAGGUUCUUUGAAAGUUUGUUGGUCAAAAAAGCACCAGUCACUCGUUGCUCAUUCCAAUCCCAUUGUCUUCAAUCAAUGCAAGAAGGAGUCCUGUUGCGUUCAUUCCAAUCCCCACAUCAUUCAUUCACUCUGGAUUGAUUCAUUCCACAGAGAUGGAGACGAAUAAUGAGACGAAUGAUGCCAUUUCGUCUGAUGUCGUUGAGGUAGCCGUGGCUCCAGCAGAGCAAGUCCAAAAUGAGCAUGUGGCAGUGGACCCACCUGCCGAGGCACCCGAAGAAGUGCCCGCAAUCCCUGCUCCUGUUGUUGUCCACCAUGAUCAUGUCACCCACCAUCCGGGCGCCCAAGUGGAAGCUGAAGCAGUUGUUGUUCAAAACAAUGCUGAGCCGCCGCCACAGCCCGAAAUGGCUGCAGAUGACUAUGUUGAGCCUGAGCCGCCACAGCCUGAGCCGCCGCAGCCCGAAAUGGCUGCAGAUAGCACUGAAGGCGUGCCAACUGGUACUGAGGCUGUGCCUACGGUGCCUAUGGCUACCGACGAGGCUGUGCCUACCGAAACCGUGCCUAUGGCUACUGAAACCGUGCCUACUGCUGAGGCUAUGCAGACUGAAGCUGUGCCUGCUGAAGCUAUGCAAACUGAAGCCGCGCCGGAAGUUGUUGUCGUUCCUACGGUACCGGAGAUGGCCCCUGCCCCGGUCAUUGAGUCAGUGGCCACAAUGGCAAUUCCCAGCAUCCCUCCACCCCCACCACCGCCUCUUCCUAUUCAAGUACACGAGGAGCACCCCCCUCCCAAGGCCAAUUUAAAAUUUGAUUUGCUUGGAAAUGCUGCGGUCCCCAGUGGCCCCAAGGACCGCGAUAUCAUUGUGGGAGAGGACUCCAGAGAUCACAAGGCGAAUCUUUUGCUUCAGGAUUUGAUUGCUUUACACCGUUUGCUUUGGGAGGUUUCGCAUGAGCGCAUGCCCACUGAAGAAUCAGAAAUUGAGACGCUUACGGAGCGACUUUUUCAAUUGCUAAAGAAGGGAAAGGGACGUGAGGUCGCAGGAAUGAAGGAUGUGCCCAGGUCUUUCCUUGUUGGGAGUGGCAGAUUCAUGCAAAAGGAGGGUGGGGAAUGGAGAGAAUUAACCGACAGCGAAGCUCGACAAAGUAUCCAAAGAACUCUCUUUGCUGCUUUCCUGGCUGGUGCUGACAGCGGCGAUUCAGAGUCGCUCAAAGCACUGGGAAAAGAGUUUCAUGAGUUCAUUCUAGCCCAGCAAAAAGAUGCAGCCGAAUCUCAGCAGAUAACAAUGAAACCGAUCGAUGUGGUGAUGUUGCAGAGAACCGAUGGAGAAACUGAUAAGUCUUUUGACAGCCAAGUCGGGAAUAAGACGCUGUUCACUUUAGCAUCGCAACAUGUCAAGUCUGACAAUAUGAGCCCUACAAAGCGUCUGGAAGCAGCCCUUUCAGUUUUCAUGGCCAAGGGAGCGGAAGCGAUUCCCGACGAGAUGGGGGAGCACAAAGACGAGAAGAAAAGAUUCAUCUUGUGCACAAGUAAAGAUGACCAGAAGGCAUUCACGCUAAUGAACCCGGUCGAUGCUGCAGAAGUGACUUUGCUCUUUGUGUUUGAAGUGUGGCUUGAGAAGGAACUGACCUCUCGGCCUGUUAUUGAUGGCAAUGGUGACAUGGCUGCCAACAUUGAUCCAAAGCCUUCCUCAGAUCCUGUUGAUAAGCCCACACCGCAUGACGUGCUUUUCGGGCGAGGCGGCAUGACCAACAGCCACCCGGGAAACAAACGCUUCCGCGACGUCAUUACGCUGCACAGGCCUGACUAUAUCAAGGCAAUAAAGAAUGACAAGCCAAACGUUGCAAGGAGGAUUGUUCGUGCGAUUCGGACUGCAUCUCCUCCGGGGAGAUUUCUAAAGAAGGGCGAAGACGGGCUCUGGUAUGAUGUUGGGAACAAGGUUGCUGCUGAAAAGGCUUCACAGGCGUUGCGAGAAAAAUCGAAUGCAGAGAAGAGGCAGCGGGCGGCGCAAAGGGAUUCGAUGCGCAGCAAAAACGGAGAGUUGGAUGUCGGUGGUCCAAGCAAGAGGGCGAAAACAAGUGACACACCUCCCAGUAUUACAAUCGUGUCUCCGUUGUUGGCAAACCAACUCAACUAUGUGGGAGCUCCCGCGGCUUCCACCCAGACGCUGGCAUCUGAUGUUUCCAAGACUGUGAACGUGACUGACCCUGGGAAAGACGAAUUCAAGACAGAGGGCCUCCCUCCAAAUGCUGUGGACAAAGAUGGUAACAUCCUUGUGACCGAUUGGGAUAUUCUAUGCGGCCGCGGAGGCCUCACGAAUCACCACAGGGGGAAUAAGCGCUUCCGUGAUAUUGUGGCUCUGCAUCGUCCUGAUUAUAUUCGGGCACCAAAGGUUCAAAAACCAUCAGUUGCGAGAGUGAUUGUUAGGGCCAUUCGGAAUGGGGACCCUCCUGGGCGGUUUUUGAAGAAAGACGAGAAGACUGGAAAAUGGUAUGAUGUUGGUGACAAGAAAGCGGCCGAGAAGACAUCUCAAGCUCUGCGGGAGAAGGGGUCUGACAAGGGAGAGCGCCGCGACUCUGCAGCUGCGGGCGAUGCAAAGUCACCUGCUUUCCUGCUUCCAUCCCCUUCCGGAGUUGCUGCUGACCCGAAUGUUCUACCUGCACUGAAGGCUGAGGCAUCCGCUGUUGCACCCGAAGCCAUGGAAACGGAAGCUCUACCAGCAGAUCCUCCGAUGGUGGCCGCACCUGACCAAGCUGUUGUGAAACAUGAAACUCACGAGAUCCCAAGCGUCCCUGUUGCAAAUCCGACUGUUGUGGAACAUGUUGCGGCCGCCGCUGAAGUCCCGAAUCCACACGAGGCAGUGGCAGCAGUCGGCGAAGGAGCUCCUGCUGCGGUGGUUGAUGUUGCACCCGAACCUGCUCCGAUGGGGGCUGCAGUUUCAGAAGCACAGGAAGAGGAUAUCAAGGUUGGCGAGGAAUGUCAAACAGUCACAGUUUGAGGGUCGUUGGAGAAUGCAGGCUCUUGCCACUCUGCUUUUGCCCGUACUCCUGGAGCAGUGCUGCUGCUUGUGGUGUUACAUUUCUUUACAUGGAUACUUUUUAAAAAGUAGUUAGUUAGUUGUUCCCUAAAGAACCAAGUCAACUUCAUCAGAAUGAAGCUGAAGUGGGUUCCAGGCUUCACCGCCCUAUCAGU